AUGGAAGCCACAGCUUGGGAUGACGGAUACCCAAAGUAUAAAGGCUGGGUCCGUUGCGGUUGCGACUACGUUCGACCUGCCUGGGGAGAAGAAAGAGGAUGCGGGUAUAAUGAUUGCGAAGGCGGGUUUCACGGGAGUGAUGGAGGUGUUUGGAUUGACUGGGAGUUCAAGGGAGGGGUAACAAAGAGGAGAUGGUAUUGCGAUUGGGAUUGUGCUACGUGGACAGCUGAACAGUUGUGUGAAUGCGACGAUUCAGAUUGUCUUUGCGGCGGCUAAGCGCCCGAAGGUUCCAGCGUGCUUUCGUCAAACUAGGUUAACUGUCGUUUGAGGAUCAUUUUAUGCUGCUAUACGAAUAGACUCGCCAGUUAUUACAAUGUCAAAGGCCAGGCUGGGUCAUGAGAUCACCGUGUUUGAAACUUAUCAACAUUACGUAGUUAUAUACCUUAGUAUUCGUGG